CAAUGACUCCUUAUCUUCUGGGUCAUGAAGCCACACCUGACAAGCUGGAUCCUGCGGUGGCUGAGUACAAUAACACCUUGAAGAAUAUAGAAGAAUACUUUUUACAGGACAAACCCUUUCUGGCUGGUGAUGAGAUCUCUAUCGCUGACCUGGUGGCUAUUGUGGAGAUUAUGCAGCCAGUUGGAGCGGGAAUUGAUGUUUUUGAAGGCAAACCAAAGUUGUCAGCCUGGAAGCACAGAGUGCAGGAGGCAGUUGGGGCAGAGCUCUUCAAUGAAGCACAUGAAGCUGUACUGCAUGCCAAAGAUAUGAAGAAUCGGCCCAUUCCCCCAGAACUUAAGGAGCGACUGAAAGACUGCGCCAUUUCACUUCCUGAUGGAACUGUUCUGAAGGAUGAGGGCUACAGACCUGCAAUUAAGCAAUUGCCUCGUUGCUAUAUGUUGGCAUUUACAACAUGUCUACAGUAGGAACAGUUUGGAAAUAAACAUAUCUGAAAA